UUGAGGAAACCUGUCUCCCAGUUCUAUUCUGUCUUUUGCAAGGACAUCAGAGGAUCAAACAACAUGUGGAAAUGUUUCUCAAAGUCCCAGGACCCUGCCAUUCUUUCCGAUCAGGAUUGUCAUGAUGGUGAUGGUGAUGAGAAUCCUGUGCGUGGAAACUGGACCAACAAGACAGAAUACACCCUCACAUUAAUUGGCUAUGCUAUUGGCCUGGGAAAUAUCUGGAGAUUUCCAUAUAUAACCUAUAAGAACGGAGGAGGUGCCUUUCUGAUUCCUUAUUUCCUGCUAUUGGUUUUGUGCGGAAUCCCCAUUUUCCUGCUGGAAAACGCCAUUGGUCAGUUCUGCAGCCAAGGCCCAAUCAACAUAUGGAAAGCAUUGCCGAUGCUGCAGGGUGUUGGAUUCUCCGUCAUUGUGAUGAAUGCAUUUGUGGUAAUUUACUAUAACGUCAUCAUCGCCUACGGCCUGUACUACAUGUUCGCAUCCUUCCAGUCUCCUUUGCCGUGGUCAAGCUGCUUCAGCUGGGCUGACAGUAACUGCAGCAGCACACCUAGAGUGUCCUGUAAUGUGAGUGGUGUUCUAGUGGCCAACUGGACUCAGGAAAACAUCACUUGUCCUGAAACUGACGUGAUCACAGAUCCAGUGCAGAGUCCGAGUGAACAGUACUGGGAUCGCGUGGUUCUGCAGAGAUCCAGUGGUCUGGAUGAAACAGGACCGGUAGUCUGGCAUUUGGCUCUGUGUCUGCUCCUGAGCUCCAUACUCGUUGCUGCAGCGCUAAUCAGAGGCAUCAAGUCGUCAGGAAAAGUUGUAUAUUUGACAGCAACAGUACCUUAUGUGUUGAUUUUGAUCCUGCUGAUCAGAGGCACGACACUAGAAGGAGCUAUGAACGGAAUAGAGUUCUACAUUGGCUCACAGUCCAAUUUCACUAAACUGACUGAUCAACAGGUCUGGAAGGAUGCAGCUACUCAGACUUUUUUUUCCUUGUCCCUUUGUACGGGUGGAAUUACAACUCUUGCUUCCUAUAACAAUUUCCACAACAACAUGGUCCCGGACUCAAUUGUUGUACCGUUCAUUAACCAUGGUUCCAGUAUCUUUGCAGGCUUCGCCAUCUUUUCUAUUUUGGGUCACAUGUCUCUUAUCAAUGACAAGCCUGUUGAACACUUGGUGAAGGAAGGGUUUGGCCUGGCAUUCAUUGCAUAUCCAGAUGCUCUGGCUAAACUUCCCGUUGCCCCACUGUGGUCUGUCCUCUUCUUUUCAAUGAUUUUCAUGGUUGGCCUGGACUCUCAGUUUACAAUGAUAGAGGUGCUCAUCACCAACUUAUGUGAUGCCUUCCCUGAAAGCCUCAGAUCCAAACGUGCCUAUGUGAAUAUAGGGACAUGUGUCGUAGUCUUCCUCUUGGGCCUGCCAUGUGUGACCAGGGCAGGAAUAUACUGGGUAAACCUACUCGACCAGUUGGCCGGCAGCUGGGUGCUGCUGUGCCUGUGUCUCAUGGAGAUCAUUGGUUUCUGUUACGUUUAUGGGGCUAACUGUCUUAUUAAGGACAUUGAAAUGAUGAUUGGGAAGAAGAGCGUCUGCUUCUGGCUGUGGUGGAAAACAUGUUGGUUAUUCAUCACCCCCUUCAUCGUCGUGGUGAUCUUGUUCUGGUCUUUGACAAGCCCUUCCUUCACCAAUGGCGAUGUCCAGUACCCAGCCUGGGGAAUGACUCUGUAUUGGUGCAUGGUUGCGUUCAUCCUUAUCUGGAUCCCUGUUGUCUUUGGGUAUAACCUGUAUAAAGCUGAGGGAAGCCUCUGGAAGCGAUUGAAGUCAUUGCUGUAUCCCACUGAGGAUUGGCAUCCUUACAUGGACAUCCACCGAGGGGAACGCUACUCAAUAGAAGCCUGCCGCCUGAGGAGAACACUGUCAACAAACGAUAAGCAAAUGUAACAUGACAGUUAUUGAUUGUUGGUUUCAGGACAACUACCUCAUCAUAAUCAUCUAUUGGUUUGAAGAUUGGCAUUUUUUUCAUGAUGUACCUUCACAGAUUGUCUUUCUUUGUGAUUAAUGGCCUGCAGUAUGUGAGAGUCUGAACAGCAUUUAAUUUACUUUUUAACUGUAGUCACCCAUAUAGCCCUCAAUAAAGGUAUUACAAACUCAAAAGUUUCUGUUAAACUUCUCAGAACCAAUGUCACAUGCAAAAGAUAAAAAAGGCUUUUCAGUGCAUUUUUACAAUGUUUACACAGGUUCAAAGAUCCCAAACCAAGCCAGAAUUCUUCCAGUGGUCAUGGACCUGAACUUCAACAGCCACAUUAAAACAAUUAUUAAGUCAGCCUACUAUCACCUAAAGAAUAUAUCAAGGAUUAAAGGACAUAUGUCUCAGCAGGAUUUGGAAAAACCUUUCCAUGCAUUCAUCGUCAGCAGACUCGA